CUUCCGGUGUAACAAACAGCGGGUUGUUGAGAGAAGUUCAAGCUACUUUGAGAACAGCUGGCUGCUAGGAACAUCGAAAAGAUAUUUUGCUAUGGAGAACUUCAUCCUGUAUGAGGAGCUGGGAGCAGGCAGCAGGUCUGUAGUCUAUAAAGGGAGAAGGAAGGGCACUCUCAGCUAUGUAGCAGUCAUCUGCACCGACAAAACCAAGAGGCCUGAAAUUACAAACCAUGUCCGUCUAAGCCAAAAUCUGAGACAUCAGAAUAUUGUGUCUUUCUAUGAGUGGUAUGAGACCAGUAACCACCUCUGGUUGGUAGUGGAGCUCUGUACAGGUGGUUCUCUUACAGCUGUGAUACAUCAGGAUGGAUGUCUGUCAGAAGAGGUGGUGCGGGGGUUUGGGUGGGACUUGGUCAGAGGACUGAAACACACCCAUGAAUCAGGAAUCAUCUUCUCUGACCUCACCCCGGCCAAGAUCCUUUUGGAUGGCCAUGGCACUCUGAAGUUGAGCAACUUCUGUCUAUCCAGGUUAGAGGGAGAGACAUUGGAGGAGUUUUUCACCUUGCUCCCUAUACCUGAUGAGGCAGGGGGAGGAGAAGUAGAUGACAAGGACAACUUUGAGAGCAACGACAUUAGGAGAAGACUCCAAGGUUCACUGUUGUACAGUGCUCCAGAGGUUUUGCAGGGAGCAGAGACCAGUACCAGCUCUGAUAUGUGGGCACUGGGCUGCAUACUAUACUUCAUGUACACUGGUGAACCUCCGUUCUAUUCUGAUAACUGCAUUGAACUGACUCGGAUAAUUUUACACCAAGAUCCACCACCUCCCAGACAUACAGUGCCUUCAGCCAGUCCUCCCAGUGAGGAGUUUCAGAGUCUUCUAAAAGCCUUGCUCAACAAAAACCCUGAGAAAAGGUUGGACUGGCCGGGAUUGCUGGCCCACCCAUUUUGGACACAAGUACAGAAGAAGGAAGAGGAUAAGGAAGAAGGAAAUGAUGAUGAGGGAGACAUUUCAGUCAGCUCUAGCAGCCUACACAGACACAUAGAUCCAUCGCAUGACCCAUCCCCUUUACAUGGAAAUAUUGAAAAACUAUCUGAAAACCAACCAGCAAACUGCCAGCCAGGCCAUGGAGCUUCCAAGGAAUUGAUCUCUUCCUGGCCUCAAAUUGCAACAACUGACGGACCAUCUGAGAGAAUGAGCGAUAGCCAGCAAGCUGAUGGACACACACCCCGCGGAGCCUCCAUGAACAGCCUGGGACAAGAGAGUGAGGAAGGGAGGGGGGCAGGAGGAGAGACAGGAGGCGAGCCAAAGCUGACUGGGGCCAGGCAGACGUGUCACACAUUGCUCCCCAAUAAGUCAUUUCCACUAGAUAAUGUGUCAGAGCUCAGACCAAAGAGUGGUGUAGAUAAAAACAGCACUGAGGCAAUUUUCCUGCUAAGUUCUCGUGCCACUUCAAGGAGGAGCUGCAGUAUCCCUGACACUCCCAACCAGAGUCCUGCACCUAAGGCUGGUAUAUGUCCUUGUUCUGACAUCACAUCCUGUGUGAAAGCUCUUCUCUACACUGACUCUGAGCUAACUGUCACCCCAAUCAUAGACAACCCAAAGAUCCUGAAGAGCCCUCAUGUCCGAUUUGACCCUAAAACUCUCUGUGUGCCUGCUUAUUCAGUUGACAAGCUCCUGUCUCUGAGUGAUGAGGAGUGGAGUGCCUUCCUCCUACAGCUCUGUUCAUCACUAGAGGGACAGAGCUCCUCUACAGUGUCCCGCUCCAGACUCAACCUGCUGUGCUACCUCUGCUGUGUGGUUGGUCAUAAGCAAAUUGCUACCAGACUGAUUAACUCUACACUGCUCCCAGUGUUGACCCAGCAGUUACGUCAGGCCCCUAAAUGGGAUGUGCGAAGCAAAGUUCUUCGAGUGAUGGGUCUGCUGGCUCUUCACUGCAACGAGCUCAGAGAGGACAGUCCUGUUUCUGAGGCAGUGGCCACACUAACUGAUCUUUUGAGGGAUAACCAGAAGAACAGUAAUGUGAAGCAGUUCCUACUGCCACCUCUGGGGGAGCUCCUCUACCUCAUCGCUUCUCAGGAGGAGAAGAGAGGCUCCCCAGAGGGACUAUGGUUCGUUCCUGCUGCCGCCUACACUGGCUUAAUGAGGAGCCUGCGGGAAGGGGAUGAUCCUGUUGUUCAGCACAUGGCUGCAAAAACCAUAGAGAACAUCUCCAGUACUGUUUCUGGCCCCUCCCACAACUGGGUCAGCACAGAGAUAGGCUCUGCCCUCUGGUACCUGUUUACUCACUCCACUGUGGAGGCUGUCAGAGCCACCGCGAUCUCUUCUCUGUCCAGAGUAACUCGGGCUGUUCCAGCAGUGUUCUUGGCAGUGAUUGACAGCUGUGGCCCGGCAGCCAUCUUGGAGGGCAUGAGUGGAGCAGGGGUCAGAGUCCAGCAGCACCUGCUCACUGUCAUGGCCACUGCAUUACUCAACUCACGCACUCAUACACACCGCAUUGCACAGAACAAGGAUUUGGUACUGAAGGUCCUACGCUGCCUAGACAGUCCAUCUACAGUAACCAGAGCCAAGUCAUUAUUACUGCUACUGCUGCUGAUACAGGACAGCACACACACACUGCUAUACUGCUGUCAGCACAGACUGGUGAUGUACCUGGAGAGAGACCUGCGCAAAGCCACACCCCUCCGAGAGAACCACAGCCAAUCAGGAUACCUGUCUCAGUGUCUGGAUUUGCUUAUUGCAUACCUGACGAGCACUGCCUCACUAAUACUGGAUGAGCUGUUAGGUGCAUUAGGAGGUGUGGUGGGGAGGAGACACCCAUCUACAGCCCAAAGCAGACAGCUCAAACACAUUUUGCCUACUAUGUCUGUAGUGCUGGACCUUCUGUCAUCACAGGUCUUUAGGGCACAGGUUGUAACAAAGGAGUUCCUAGCUCAGAUUGGAGUCCUGCUGACCUAUAUCACCUCAAUCGAGUCCAAUGAGACCAAUCUUGCCAGUGCUGUGGGUGCAGCCGUAUGUGAGGAUUUGAUUAGGACAACUCUCUCCAUUGUAGAAAUCCUGAGCCAACAUCCUGCUCUGAUCACCAUAGGUUACUGUACUGUUGUGGAUGCUGUCCUGCCUCCUCUGAUGACACUGGCUUUCAGCAGAAAUGUGGAGUGGUGUGUAUGUGUGUUGAGGGUCCUAUCAGAACUCUGUGUCCUCCUGCUGGUCCAGGAGGACAAUGAAGAUGAGGAGGACAAGACAAACAAAGAGGAAGAGGAGAAGAAGGAAGGAGGAAGAAGAACAGAAGGAAGAGUUGACGGAAGCUCCUCCAAUCAUCAUCUUGUAGCUCUUGUUACUGAAUCUCUGCUUCCACGAUAUGAGUCUCUUCUAAAAGCAGCAGAGCCUAUCCCUGUCUACGCUCUCAAACUGCUGGUAUCAAUGACUGAACACAGCAUGCAGAUUUGCAGGUUGAUCAAACACAGCAAGAUCCUACCAGUGGUCUUUCAGUUUAUCAUGGCUAACAGUAGUAAUCUUACCAGUGGCAGGGUCCAGAAUGCAGCAGCCUUGCUGUGCAACCUAAGUGAAGACACAGUCUUAGACCUGGAGCCACUAUACCAACAAGGUCUAGUAGAGGUGGUAGUGAGCGUCCUCUCAGAAGCUGCAGUGGUCUACCAGGCUGGAGAGGUGCAUGCUGGGAGCAAAGGCAGCCAUCUUGUGUUGCCAGCCCUUUUGGAGCUACUGUACAAUAUCCUGAAACACACUUCAGUCGUUGUCCGCUCAGCACUGCAGAGCCAGAGGCUAUCUUGUCCAGCAGUGGAGACGGAGGCAGCAGAGAAGCUGCUCCUAGCCAACAGACCUCUGAGCCAACUCAACACACACCUCAUCCACAUGCUGUCCACUGAAAACCAGGAGGUGUGGGAGGAGUCUCUUCAGUGUCUCUCCCUAAUGGUCCAGCUGUAUGGUGGGGAGGGGCAUGACUGCCUGUCUCCAUCCUGUUUGCGUAGCUUCUUAUGCAUGCUGCGCACACACAUGCACAUCGAGACCCCCCGGCUGCAACGCACCACACUCAGGGUCAUUAAACGAUUGGUGCAGACAACAGACAGAUCUGAUUGGUUGGAAUGUCCAGAAGGGGCGGAGCUGGUGACUCUUCUGCAGGACAUGACUAAGUCAAACAGGUCUAAUGUUGACGUGGCACCUCUGGCUGCUGAGAUCCUUCAAGAGAUCCACACCUUCUGAAAGACGCAACAUUCUAUAAGCUUUCAAUUGUGUUGGACCUUCAGCAUUCCAAAGACGCUCAGCAUUCUAAAACUUUGAGCAUCCCAGAAAUGUCAAACAUUCCAGAACCUUGAGCAUCUUAGAAACUUACAGCUUUCUAGAAUCUUCAGCGUCCCCAAAACUUCCAACAUUCUAGAACCUUCAUUACAGAAACAUCCAAAAGUCUAGAACCUUCAGCAUCAUAGAAACGUCCAGCUUCCUAGAAGCUUCAGCGUUCCACAAGCGUCAGCGUUCCUGUGCCUUGUGCUCUGCUUGUUAGAAGCUGUGAGCAGAGCCCAGCCCCCAGUGUUCAGGUGCCUUAGCUGCCUUGGGACUGAAAGCUCCGAGUUUUUCUCUAAAUUGUCUAAAGACAACAAUCCUUUAUUCUUUAGAAAAAAAGAAAAAAAAAACAGAAAAAAAACUUAGAUUUACUUCCAUCUGGUUUUGUUUGAUAAAUCACAAUAACAUAA